AGUACGUGCCACAUGGCUCAAUGCUGCGCAUGCCCGGCCGUCGCCUAGCAAUGGUACCACCGCUUGCGCCGGCGCGUGCAGCAGACGAGAAUCGAAUGAGCGCGCGAAAGUGACUGGAGAAUCACAAACUAUAAUACACGACUACACCACCAGGCGUGCCCGUGUGCCCGUGGCCGUGAGCAUUUUCGCGCCACUUGUUCUGUGGCGGGGGUCACGAUGGAGCCUGCCGUGCCGAUAGUACCUGCAGAAGAAGUUUUAAAGAGGCACCUGCGGUACAUGAAUAAGUGUGGAAACACCUGGGCCGGUUAUGCAGACUCCAAAGAAGUAUACGAAGAGCUUCUGAGGGACCUCGCCGCUGUCAACGUGUGCUUCCAAACUGAGCACUCCGUGAAGCCAAAAGGCAGGCUGAUGUUCAGCGCUCAGCGCGGACAUGUGGUCGUGAAUGAAGACAUGCCUUUUAAGGUUGUCCAAGCCGUGGACAGGGGCUGCCUCUUUGGGCGAGACCUUCACAAGGUGCAAGAUUCAAGAAGUGCUCGACAGGAGAAAGACGCAGAAUGGUCAGCAGCUACCUUAUAACGAAAAAAGGUGAAGUUACAAGGAACGAAGAAGAAGGGCUGCACUGCAAUGAUGCAUGUAAAACAAGUGGAGUUGUUCGCGGAAUUCAGGAUUAAGAUCUCAGAACAAUGUACCAAAUGGCAGCACGAGAAAGCUUCGAAGGAAGUGAUGUCCCGGCUGAGGUUGGCAUUGCAAGAAGAAGCUAGCGGUAAACCUGUUCUGCGCCAGCAUCGCUUCUAUGUCUGCAUGUCCGACAGGGAGAGUCACUGCAACCAUGACAUUGAUGCCCGGUGUGCAGGCUACGCGCAGCCAAUAAAUUCAGAAGUGUCAAAAAAAUAUGUGAGCUUGUACAACAAGGUGUGACAUCUGUAAAAACAGUUGAGAGCUGUCUGAGGUUUUUUGUCCGAGAUGUACUGUUCUCAAACAAGCAGUGCCCCCCGACCACGUGCAGAGAUUUCUACCCUACAAAGACAGACAUAAAAAAUCAUAUCCAGAAGGCACUCCGUAAGGAUAGAUUUAGUUCAAUUGAUCAAGAAAAUGUAGCAAUGUAUGUUGAACAAAUGAUUGAGAAAGCACCUGGAACAAGAUGUCUUUUUCGACCCUAUCAUGUGAAGUCAAUGGAAAAUCAUUCAGAAGGGCAAGAGGAGCCGCUAGAUGAGUUACCUUACUGUGACGCUUUGGAAACUGUUGCACAGGAAUGCGAGCAGACACUGCUGCUUUGCAUUCAGACUGAGUUCAUGAGGGAACUGAUGCUCAAGUAUACUGAUGAUGUGGUAUGUCUUGACGCCACAUAUAAAACAAUGGAUUAUGCCCUACCACUAUUCCUUAUUGUAGUGAAGACUGCAAGUUCCUAUGCUAUUGCUGGUGCAUUCAUGGUACAAUUUGAAACAGCUGAUUGCAUCGAAGAGGCGCUAAACACCUUUAAGGCCUGGAACCUAACUCUGAGUCCUAAGUUUUAGAUGGUGGACUGCAGCCAGGCGGAAAUCAGCGCACUUUCUGCUGCCUUCCCGAAUAGUCGGCCAGUCCUGUGUGAUUUUCACAGAGAACAGGCUUGGCACAGGUGGAUUUCAAAAAAAGAAAAUGAAGUAGAAGAUGUCGACAUUGUGAAGAAAAUGCUCAGGCAAGUAGCAUGCAGUGCGAAUGAGGAUGAUCUAACAAAAGCUAUUGAAGCUGUGAAGCAGUCACCACAAUGGAAGGAAAAUGAGAAGUUGCAAGCCUAUGUAAGCAGUAAAUGGCUCUCAGUAAAGGAAAUGUGGGUAAAGAUGUAUAGGUUGGACCUCCCUUUUGGCACGAACAAUGGAACUGAAUCAAAAAACAAGGAGCUCAAGACAUACUUAGCUGGAAAUAGCGGUCGCCGUAGUCUGCAGGGGCUUUUAAAAGUCGUGGUUGAAAAUUUUUUUCCGCAGAGUUUUUCACCUUCAUACCGUCUUUACCACCAUGCUGUGCCUGAGUUCCUCCAUGGGAGGCCUCCUGUUGUAGAAAAACACAUUAUGGAGCGGCUUGCACGAGCGUCUGAUUACAGGUCCAAGGACGUGGAAGUUGGCAGUGAAGAAGGAACAUUCCGUAUUCGUUCUGUCAAUGAGGGUAGGGGCUUUCAUAAAGUUAACUUCAGCACUCCAAGCUGUACAUGCUUUGACUUUAACAGGUCAAAAUUGCCAUGCGAGCACUUUGCUGCAGUUUUUUUGCUUGUUGAUGGGUGGGGUUUUUCACGUCUGCCUGCAGAAUACAGGGAAGGGCCGAAUAUGACUGCUCAUGCUGUUACAGGCUGCACAUCUGAUGCACGACACACUGAAGAGCUAGGUGAUGUAGUCACUGAACAUCUUGAGUGUGAUUUGCAGAAAACAUCUGAACAGAGCAGGCGCCAUUUCAAAUCGAAGAUAAGGGCUGAAACCGAGCGCAUACUGCCUUCCCUGCACUACAUUCAUGAUGACACAGUGUUGCAGCAGUUGUUUGGCUCGUUACGGCAGUUGUUUGGCUCGCUGAAAAAAACGUGACCACGAGCAAUGGAAUUGCUGUUAGAGGUUCACCGACAAAAGGGUGCUCAGGUGUGAAAGCAAAAAAAAGAGAGCAUUGGCAUCACCAGCAACUGGAGUUGCAAUGAAGAAAUUUCAGUUGCACAAGGACCAUCUGCGCCAGAAGGAGCACUGUGUUUCACGGGGAAGGGUGGGCAGAAAGGCUGAAAUUGUGAGGGAAUGUUACAAAUCACCAUUGUAAUAAUUGUAAGCCUACAUAUAUGUCUGGUGCUUGGAAGUAAAAAUACUAUAAUAAAUAAAACCAUCUCUUCAUUUUCAUCCUUCGUAGGUUUUAUGCCAAUGUUUUUGUUUGUUUUUUUAGCUGUGCCUGUCUCGUAUUCGAUUCUCCAUAAUGUUGUGUUAUAUUCUUUGUUGGUUCGUACUGCUAGAGUUAGUGAGAGGUAGGCUGUAAUCCUUGGCAUGAUGACAGAGACAUUUCGCGUGACACCUUCAUUGGUUUCUUUCCUUCACGCUCCAUUAACGAUGUUCUGUGAUAUUGCUCUUCUACACUGUGGUUCACUGGAAUCUGCUAAAUAUGGAACAUGUUGGUAUUUCAUUUAUUUCAUACUUAGCUGGAAAUAGUGGUUGCGUAGCCUGCCAUGGCUUUUGAGAAUCUUGGUUGAAAUUUUUUUCGGGACGUGUGUGCGAGUGCACACCAUUGGUUGAUUUAAUACAAAAAAUUAUCUCAACCAUAAGGAGUGAAAGACUUGGCGGGAAGCACAACAAAAAACUACCCGACAAAAAUUUUAGUUUCUUUAUUGCAAUUUACAGCUGAACUAUCCAUCAUGUGUUUGGAAAGUCAUUUUUUUCUUGAUUGUUGUAUUGGCCUAUUCUUUGUGCCUGUAUCACGUCAAAUGUUACAAACGCAGUUGUAAAUGCGCAUGCUUUUGUUCAUUGCCAUGUAUAUGUGUGGGACGCUUCUGAAAAUUAAUCUGUUGGAAGUUAGCACGUGUCUGUGUUUUCACCCCACCCUGGUGUGUCUUGUGUGCUAGAUGAAGAAAUGCUACAGAUAUACCAGUCUUUUAUGUAUCCUUGAGGGUUGCAGCAAUGUUUUUGUAGUACUUUUUAUACAUAUUUACUUCUCUGCUGCCAGUGUGUACUUACCUCAUAUAUAUUACUCAUUACUUUCAAAUCUAAGUUUUAUGCUGAUUUAACAAUUCGAAGAAAUGCUACAGAUAUACCAGUCUUUUGUGUGUCCUUGUGGGUUGCUGCAAUGUUCUUGUAGUACUUUUUAUUACAUAUUUAUUUCUGUGAUGCCAAUGAGUGCUUACCUCAUAUAUAUUACUCAUUACUUACAAAUGUAAGUUUUGUGCUGAUUUACCAAUUCCUUACAUUCAUUUGUAACAGUGUAUAAUAAAUGUAUGCCUGUGAUGUAGCUUUCUUGUAGCAACAUUCGUCUUACUUGCCACGGCAAGUCCUCGAAUACGAGACCUUAAUUAUGUGCUUUGUAUUUAUAGUAAGUAAGCUUUAGCAAAAAUAAACUAUAUUCUGAUUCUUCA